AAACUAUCCAUCAUUAAUCAUUCUCUACAAUUGUAAGUCUCUUGUAUAUCCUCCUAAUUAUCAUUUCAUUUCAUUUGCAUCUUUGUUUCAGUUCAGGAUUGAUUUUCAGUAGUUUUGGCCUUGAAAUAAGGUAGCUGUUUGAUGUUCUUGCUAUUAGAAGGUCUACACGAUGGCUUGUUUUAGAAUGGGUCCAAAGAAAUGGUUUAAAAUAAUAAUCAGAAGGAAGAAACGGAAAGAAGAUAAAUCCAACCAAGAAAAGGUGCAAUCUACUGCUGAAAUAUCAAAUGAACCUACCAAUGGGAACCAUAGCCCUCAUGAAGAAUCAAGUAGCACUCCCAAUGAAGGUUUGAUGAUGAUGGAGAGGACAGUUCCUUCCAGGUUGAUUCACAAUAUUGCUGCUACUCGGAUUCAAAAUGCAUUUCGUUCAUUUAUGGCAAGAAGAACAUUUCAACAUCUAAGAGGAGCAGAGAACUUUGAAGCUUUAAUUCAAGACCACAUGGCCAGAGACCAAACAGCAACAACACUUAACUACAUACAUUCAUGGAGCAGAAUACAAGAUCAAAUUAGAGCUCGUCGAAUGUGUAUGAUAACAGCAGCCAGGAUUAAGCAAAAGAGAUUGGAAAGCCAGUUAAAAAUUGAGGCUAAGAUUAAUGAGCUCGAGGUGGAAUGGUGCAGCGGUUCCGAAACAAUGGAAGAGAUACUAUCCAGGAUACAUCAGCGAGAAGAAGCAGCAAUUAAACGAGAGCGAGCCAUGGCGUAUGCUUUCUCUCAUCAGUGGAGGCCAAACUGUAACCAGUAUUUUGGUCAGGCUUCUUAUAGCCUUGGUAAAGAAAGCUGGGGUUGGAGCUGGAUGGAGCGUUGGGUUGCAGCGCGUCCUUGGGAAGUUCGGGUUCAAGUUCAGUCCCCCAAAAAAAAUAAACUCAAUGGCCAGCAGCAGAAGACCAAAUUAGAUAAGAUGAACCACAAUGAUACAAAAUCACCACUAAAAUCACCAUUGACUAAAGCUGGCAUGUCAAAUGGGAAGGAGAAUGAAACAAAAUCGCCAUUAAAAUCACCAUUGGCUAAAGCUUCCAUGUCAAAUGCGCAGGAGACUGAGAAAGGAAAGAAAAACAAAACAUGAGGUCUGCCAAAAAAUGGCAAGGCAGAAAGAUUCACGGCUCCUGGUUUUCUUCAUCUUCUUUUGGGGUUUAUUUUCCAUAUUUGGCUUGUAAGAAUCUACCAUCGGGUGUGUCGUGUGUAUCAGUAGAAGACUUUAACUUGUUAUUUGCUUUUGUAUGAUCAUGAAUUUGCUAGUUUUGGUUGAAACAUGAUAAUGGUCUACUAUUAUUCCCUUCAUUUCAGGA